GCUAACAUUUGGAGGUGGUGGAGGCUGGUGUGUGACGCCGCCAUCACUAGUGGGGCUGCCAGGGACGCUCUCAGCUACUGUCUUGUGUGCCCUCUCGUUUACGUCUUGACGCCGCUUCUUAACGCCCUCCUUAGUACAGGAUGCCAGAGCGUUACUUCACUGAUUCUAGUUUUGGUGCAGGAUCUAGAAGAGAAAGAUCAGGAAGCAUGCAGCGAUCAAGGGAGACUAUUGAUUAUGGCCAUGGUAGCAGUUAUAGUGCACCAAGAUACAGAAGUGUUGGAGGUUAUGGAGGGGGAGGAAGUACCAACAGCACCAUGGGCAGUUAUGGAUUGGGUGCCACUGCUUCAAGUUAUGGUAGUACUUCAGCUUAUGGAAGCACAAGCUAUGGUAGCUCUUCUGGUUAUGGGGGAUCAUCUGCUUAUGAUGGUGGAGCCAGUUAUGGUGGUGGUGCAUCUUAUGGUGAUACUGCCACUUAUGGAGGUUCAUCCUAUAGCCAUGCUGGUUAUGGCAGUAGGCAGGUGGUUAGCCCCUGGGAGACAGGUAUGGCUCCAGCUGUUGCUGCAGGAAAUCAAGCUGGAUUCUUGCCUACGCCCAGGGGAUCUGGUGGGCUGAUGGAUAGUGGUCGUUCUUCAGAUAUUGUUGGAGCGGUUAACCAGCUUACUCAUAUGGGGAGUACUGAAUCUAAGCUUGCAUUGAAUAUCUUGAAUGCUGUCCUUUCCUCGGGAUCCGGUGGUGAUGGGCGUUCCAAUAUGGAUAUUGGACCUCCUGCCCACAAGAUGAGGCGUAUAGAGUGGGAUGGGGGUCAUGGUAAUCGCCGAGGGCAGACUCAGUCCUCCCCAGUGCGUCCGUCACCUGUACGCAAGUUUCCUCAGCGGGAUCAGCAGUACAACCCUCGACGAUCCUGGGACAACGAAUCUUCCCAGCGAGGCAGGGGUGGCAAUUCUUAUGGCUCGGCUGGACGUCACAUGCCUGACAACCAGCUUAGAAAAACAGCUAAGGCUAAGAGGGGUAAACCUAGGUCUGAUUUGAAGGAUGUUAAAGGUCCUGCCAAGGACCAGAAGAAGGUGAAGAGUGAGGAAGACGAAACAACUGGAACAGCCAGCGACCAGAAGGGAGACAAAGCCGAGGGUGAUGGUUCCUCAGCUGGUACAAAAAAGAGUGGAACUGCAGAUGGUAAGACUGAGGUAGAACAGUCUGAUGAAGCAGCAGACGACAAAGAAAAUGCUGAGGAAAUGGAUACUACUGAGAAUGAGGAAGAUAAAGAUUUGAAAACAAAAAAGGAAGCAUUUGUUCCUAAAGAAAUCCUGAAGUGCCAUAUGUGUGAUGUGGACAACUUUUACUCUAUUAAUUGUUACCAAAAACAUUUAGAGUCAAAGGCCCACAAGACUACUGCCCAUGCAUACCAUGGGCAAGGUGCUGCUAUUCUUGAAAUCCUGAGGGCUGAGGCAAAGCUGGCUUGUCAACGUCAAAUCUUGUCUGCUUGGAAGAGUGGAGCUAGAGGAAACCUGAUGCAGUGUGGCAAGUGUCAGUGUAAAAUUGCUGGCACACUCCAGGAACAUAACAAGACUAUUGAACACAGUUUGAUAUCUCAGUACUUGAAGGUAAAGUGUUGUGGUCAUGCAUACACCAUCAGAGGAGCUCUAGAGGAACAUCGCCUCUCUCUUCUUCACUUUAAAUGGCAGAUGGAAAUGGAACAGGAAAUUAAAGCAAGGGAGGAGAAAAAAUUAGAGCAGGAAAAGGAUAUUUCUGAAGAAGAGAUAUUAAAGAAGUUUCAAGAUGCUGUGGACGAGUUCAAGGAAAACAAUUCAGAAGAAUCGUACACUUCAGAAACGCUUCCUCCUUAUGACCCUGCAGUUCCUGUAGGAAUGCACCUGGUUGGAACAAAAUCACAUUACCGUUGCAAGGUAUGCCCAGGUCCAAGGUUUCGAAUGGUGGAUGAACAACAAGUGCAAGUCCAUUUCCGCUCUAUUGUCCAUUACCAAAAUCUGUUUGCACAUGUCACACAGAUGCAGGAACAAAAAGAUCUGGAAAAGAAAAAGAAACUAGAAGAAAAAAGGAAAGAGCAAGAAAAAGAGAAAAGUGAAAAUCAACCAGAGGGGGAGAAACAGUCUGAGGAUGAGGCUGAGAAAGAUGCUGCUGUGAAACAGAGUACAGAUGAUGAGGGUGAAGAUGCAGAUGCAGGAGAUGCUGAUGAAGACGAAGAUGCAGGAGAUGAAGAUGAAAUGGCAGAUGAAGAUGCAGAAGAUGAAGAUGCUGGAGGUGAAGAUGAUGCAGGGGAAGAGGCAGAAGUAGAGGUAGAUGAUACUACUGAGCCAGAAAAGGAUAAGGAAAGCCCCCAGAAAGUUAGCAAAUCAGAUGAUGUAGCAGACAAUGAGGAGGCUGCUGAACUGGAUGAGGAAUCAGCAAUGCUUGAAGAAGUGGGUGAGGCAUUUGAUGAAGAGGGUGAUGUAGAGAAUGCAGAGCAGGAAGACAAUGAUGACAAUUUUGCUGAUGCUGAAGAGGGGCCUGAACAAAAGGUGGAAGAGGAAUGUGUUAUUGAAGAACCAGAAGAGAGUGCAGAAAAAGUUGAAGCUCCUAAUACUGAAGAAGAGAGACCUAAAGAGGAGAAGGACGAACCAAAGAGUGAUGUGGGAACUCCACGUGCUCGAAGGGCAGCGAGAGGGAGAGGGCGAGGACGCUCCCUUAGGAAUUAGUUACUUUAUUUUUUUUUAUUUUUUUUUUUAAGAUGUAAGAUUGGUAUACAUAGACAAUGCAAGAGGUAUACUGUACUAAGUUUUAAAAUACAUAAUAAACUCAUUACAACUAAUUUUCUUCCUGCCCCUCACCCUGCCCCAUCCUUCCCUUCUCUCGUCGUGCUGACUGACUUGCUGUAUUUCCUUUCCCUUUUUGCCUCUCCUCUCCACUGCCACUUGUCAAUCCUCUUGCAUUGUCCUUUUCCCUCCCUGCACCCUCUCUUCCACCUCUACAUACACAUAUAUCAUUGAUUCAGUGUACCAUUUUUCUAUGUUCAUUUAAAGUGUAAUAAUUAAACAAAAAUGAUAAUUUACUAGCUUGUCCAGUGUAAUAGCCUGGUUUGCUUUUACUUGAUACCCAAUAUGCAGAUGGGUAUUAACAAAUCUUGGACUGAAUUUAUAAUUAUUGGUUGUAUGUUGGCAACCUAGAUCCUUAAUGAAGUUUUUGGAAGAUAUGUCUCUUUAUAGUACUUGUAUUAACAAUUUGCAAAUAUUGACGUUGAUUCAUUUUUAUAAUUCAGCAUCUUGGAAAUUGGUUGACACAAUUGUUAGUGGAUUAUGAAGUACUGGACUUUUUCUUGACUUUAACGAGAAUCUAUAUAUAAUGGAUAAUGUACUCGGAUGCAGAAGUGUUGAGUAAAUAUUAUAUAGUCCUUUUAAUUAAAGGAGCAGGUACAGUAAAUUGGUAAUUUGUUUUAUAAUUAGGUGAACAUCCUUGCAAAGAGACUGGUGAAUAUACACUUAACUUUUUAUUUCUGUUGUCAAGGAUUACUAGACAGAUAUGUAUAUCCAUUUUCCUCUAGCCUUCACAAAAUGUGUAGAUAUUUGACUGAUGUAGUCAUAGGCAUUACUGAUACCUGAAAAUUACAAGACCCUGAUUUUUAUUAAACAUAAAUAAAUAUAAUUUGCCUGCCAGGUAAAAA